ACCUUCCUUAGUUCAUUGUUGUAGUACACACACUUCCUUCACCAUAGAGUUCAACCCUUCCAACCACUUCCUUGGCCUGAGCACAAGCAAAACGAAGUUCCUCGCAUCGCCGCCUAUCCGCCAAAUUGCCACCCAUCAGGAUUGCUGGUGAUUUCCACACCACACAUCUGUCCUGAUAGAACACCACCUGACUCUACCAAAGCUUGCAUCACACGCCUCGAUAUUUCCCUGGUCGAGAUGCAAAAUGAAUCUACCCAUCAUGGACAACCAAAAGAUGUCCAUUUACGAUUGGUUUGACGAUCUCUGUGUCCGCUUCAUCCUCAACCUUCCUCAUGAAGAGCUGUCCUCCGUCGAACGAAUAUGCUUCCAAGUCGAAGAGGCGCAAUGGUUCUACGAGGACUUUGUCCGACCUCUGGACCCCUCGCUUCCCUCCAUGAGCUUGAGGACCUUCUGCCUCAAGUUCUUCCAGCACUGCCCGAUCUUCCCGGACUUCAGCGAAAGCCACUAUCUUGCGGCGUUUACCGAGUUCAUGGCAUACAAGAGUAGAGUCCCCGUUCGUGGUGCGAUUCUCUUGAACGAGGCUAUGGACCACGUCGUUCUGGUGAAAGGAUGGAAAAAAGGCGCCAAAUGGAGCUUCCCACGCGGCAAGAUCAACCUAGGAGAGAAAGAUCUGGACUGUGCGAUUCGUGAAGUGUAUGAAGAAACGGGUUUCGACGUUCACAAGGCAGGCCUCGCAAAGCCCGAGUCGCAGAUGAAGUUCAUCGAGGUUUCGAUGAGAGAGCAGCACAUGCGUUUGUAUGUGUUUAGAGGCGUCAAGAUGGACACUCAUUUCGAGCCGAGAACACGGAAAGAAAUUAGUAAGAUCGAUUGGUACAAGAUAUCCGAGCUCCCGACCAUAAAAAGGCAGAAGCACAUGCCUCCACCGAAUACCCAGGCCGCUCAAGUCGCGCAGCAGAUCGUAGCACAGGAAGACAUGGUGAAGAGCAACAUGUUUUACAUGGUCGCGCCAUUCCUGAGCCCGUUGAAAUCUUGGAUUCGGCAACAGAAGAAGCUGAAUGCGAACCGAACCGCAAUGGCAAAUACCCACGAGUCGGAGCCUGCGGACGAAGUGGACGAACACAUGCCCUCCGACCACCCGGCAGCCGUCGAAAGUGAAACAUUACCACAAGUGGUCGAACAACAAUCUUUCACUAUCAAAGCCGCCAGUGACAUGGAUCGGAUCCUCACACAACUUCGACAAUCGCACCCAAAUUCCCAACCUCCUGCAGCCCCAAUCCCUCCAUCAGAUCCGGCCGCCGAUCUGAGGAGAAUGCUCAACAUGGGGCAACCUCGUGAUUCUGGACCGCCACUGCCUUCCAAUUCGCAAGCAUCGGAUCUUCUCGCCUUGUUCAACCGCCAGAAGUUAGCUGGCAAUACAGGCCCCGCUUCGUUACUUCCGAUUACUCCCAUGGAGCAAAUCUCACGCACACCUGAUGCUCAAACACCACAUCACCAUCACUCUCAACAACACGUCCUCCCUACCGAUCCGCCUCCACCUCAUUUUCACCAACCCGUCACAUCUGUCCAAGAACUUGUGCCUAAUAUGGAUCCAACUCAACGGCCUAUGCCAUUUCCGCAACCGACUGGCCCACGUCAUCCAUUCAUUCCUGAUCAAGUCCAACGGCAGAUGGGAGCGGUGCCGACUCUUGGGCCUUCACUUCCGAUACAGUCAAGCAGCGAGUUGCAGGAAGCUUACAGUUCAUAUCGACCGUAUCGACAGACCGGAGACCCGCAGUUUAACCAAUCCCCUGAUGUGCAUUCUCCAGCCAUUCCGUCCGCAUCCAAAUUGCCGCAGCCAAAACUCAACAGCCAUACAUUGGCUCUCUUGAAUGCCUUUAAAGGAUCCUCGCAGCCACAGGCAGAGACGGAGAGAUAUGUCCGAUCCCAGGAGGCUCAUCCGAGUGGGUCGACCUAUCCACCGCAGAAUGCACCGGCUCCGGAACCCUCGGCUUCAGGCCAACAACAAGCCCUUCUAAACUUGUUCAAAGCUGGACCCGGUGCCGGACGGCCACCUCAACGGAGUCAGCUCCAAGGACAAUCGGCGACUCUUGCGCCGGAGCCGGUGGAGCUGUCUGCUCAACCCACACCGCUUGUUCACCAGCAGAGGUACGCUGCGCCACAGGGUGCACCCGAGAGAGAAGUCUUGCAGCAAGGCAACAAGAAAAGCCAAAGCAUCACGUCAGCCACGGUUUCCGGACCGUUGAAUGCACCCGACUUUGACACCGUCCGUCGGUCCUCAUCGAGAAGACGGCCUUCACACCACGCCAAGCCUGCAGAGCUCGCAACCGUACCAUCUCCCGUGAACGAACAGCACGGUCAGGUUCCCGCUCCUGGGCCCAUCAAGAUCCUUGCAAGACCAUCCUCAAGAUCCGUGAGACCGGACGCGGGCAUUACUCCGCUGCAUUCCGCUUCUCCAUCGCCCUUACAAACUUUCCCUUCUCAGCAAAUCCCGAUCGCGGCGCCACAACCGAAAGCGGUGCAUCAACACUUGCAGAUCCUUCGACCUCCCCGAGCACAGCCGUCGGUGACAUCGUCUCCACAAGAUGCGGCCAGUCCCCCAUCGACCACGCCCGCGGUUGGGGCCUCUAUCACGGACAAUCGUACCCCGGGGGCGUCUGAUCAACGGAAUGCGCUUCUGAGCCUCUUCACGAAACACCACGCCCAAGCCCCUCCACCAGGCGUCGCCGGCGCACCGAUCCCCGGCCAUUCGCGCACUCUCUCUCCCGCAUCUAUCAAACGCGAACCCACCGCGUCGUCCUUAAUCAGCCCGAUCAGCCCCCACUUGGCCUCCAUGCAACCGAACCUUGAUUCCAUGUCCGCCAGCCGCAGCCGUAUCAGUAGCCUGGCGUCCGCCCCGGGCGAGUCAUUCCUCUCCACCGGGCCCGUAAAUGCGCCGGGAGCGGGACUCUAUGGGAACCCCGUUCAGGGCAUGAAGCUGCCUCCGACCAACGCCGCAUUUGGCAUGGGUCCGGCGGAUCGAGUAACAUCGCGGAAGAGCAGCAUCAUGGCCGGAUCGCGCAAGGGCAGCGCGGUGGAAGGGCCACCAAGGCAGCAGAGCCCCGUGACGCCCAUCGAUCGGAACUUUCUCCUCGGAUACCUGGAAGACGUUGUCAAAGGCGCGGGUGUUUAGGGAUAGGUUUGGCGGGAUAGGCUUCGUACUCUCUGGCGUUGUGACAGCACUCGCUGAUUACAGGACGAGGGAGUCGGUGAGGAUCCGGGUCAUCCUCUGGCACAUACGGCCAUGAAAAUGGGAGGCGAUUACUGGAUUCAGCAAGCGAUGAGGAUCACGAAGGUUUCAAUGAAGUACAAAGUUUACAUCGGCGCAUUUUCAUCGCCCCAGGCUGUGUUAGUAGUACCAUUAGCGUAGCCCUUCCAAAUAGAGUGGGCAUCCGCUGUCUGAUCCAAG